UGUAUUUAAAUCCACAAUUUGCAGAGUCCAACCAAGAUGUGUAUGAAGUUGUGUGCUGCAGUCACUGCGAAAUCUUCCAAAAACAACUAGAAUCAUUGAAUGCCAAGGUCGACAAGCUUCAAGGGGUAGUGGAAACUCAGAACGCUGCAAUUAUGGAUGCAAUAGCUGGGCAGAAGGUGGCUACUGAGCAACUGGUUCGCCAAGAAUCACAGAAGGCACCAGUUGUAAAAUACUUCCCGAUAUGUAACAUAUCAGAAAUGCAGCAGUUGGAAAAUAAGAUAACAUGUGACAAUAGAGAUGUCUAUAAAACUGCCAUUUCUUCUAUACUUCAAUUUAACGUAAAAAAUAUAACACUGGUCAUAAGGAGUGAUGUUAUUAAUGCUUUAAAUGUCGAUGGAUCGCAUGGUAAAGUUGGACUCAAAUCUUUUAAAAACUUUUACCACACGCUUACAGGAGCUAUAGCGAAGUUGCCUUUGAAAGGAUUGACGCCAGAAGAGUCUCUAAGGAAAGCCUUGCAAUUUGAGAAAUCAAAACAUUUUAAAAAAAUAUAUAGACAAAAAACCAAAAUGAUUCUUUAAAUUAAGGGAUUUUUAACUUAUAACCUAAGACGAAAUGGAUAAAUGAAAUGGAUUUAA